UUUCCCCUUUCUUUCGUGGUGAUAGCUGAUGUAUGUGUGAUGUAUAUCCUGUCGUAGACUCCCACUGUCAGAUGUGUAUGUAUGCACUGAUCGACCACUGAGCAUACAAUUUUCUGUCCUUUUCCAUUUUUGUUAGAUGUAUGUGUCCACCUUGAUACCUUUUUUUACUUGUGAAUAUUGCAUUCCUAGUCAUUUAUUUGAUAUACACACAUGUAUUGCUUCUCUUUUCUGAUAUGAAAAAAUGCAUGCCCUCGCUGGACAGGAUUUUUGCACGCGGAUUAUCAUGGAGGACACUGUAAUUUACUCAAUAGACAAGUCAGACGUUAUAAGCGAUAAGCCAAGGGAGGUAACAUUUCGACAGUUAAUGGAGAUUACAAAUAAUUUCGAGCAAAAGCUUGGGAGCGGCACGUUUGGAGUUGUUUACAAGGGAGUGCUUAAUGAUGGACCUGUAAAUCGAGUGAUUGCCGUGAAGAAGCUUCAUUCCACAACAGAGCAGAUUGACGACAAGCAAUUCAAGAAUGAAUUUGAACUACUUAGGAUUCUGAAGCAUCAAAAUAUUGUGCAAUUGGUGGGUUUCUGCAACGAGACAGAGAAAGUAGCUGCCAAAUACGAAGGGCAAAUGGUGGUUGCUGAAGAGAUACACAGGGCACUCUGCCUCGAGUUUGUGCCCAAUGGAAGUCUUGGCAAGUUUCUUUCAGAACAACGCCCUGUACUAAAUUGGAACUUGUGCUUCAAGAUUAUCAAGGGGAUAUGUGAGGGCUUAAAAUACCUUCAUGAUGUUCCCAUCAACCAUUUGGAUCUCAAGCCGGACAACAUAUUACUAGAUGAUAAAAUGGCUCCAAAAAUAACAGACUUCGGUAUAUCAAGGCUCAUGGGCGCAGAGAACACCGUAAAGACACAGACUUUCUUAGGGACACUUGGAUACAUCCCACCAGAAUUUAUAAAGAAGCAAAUAAUCUCAAGAGAGUUUGACAUAUUUAGUUUGGGUGUCAUAAUUAGAAAGAUACUGACCGUAGUGAUGAUGGAGGGCCCAAGCAUUGUUUUCACGGACGGCCAGGAAUGCAUUGAACAUGUACAUAGUUAUUGGAGGAAAAAGUUACAAGGGAUGCCAGGGUACGCAUCAUCAGAAGUAGAUUGCAAACAAGUGAGGACUUGUAUUGAGAUUGCAGUAGUGUGCAUGGACGAGGAUCCACGUAAAAGGCCUACGAUGAAGUAUAUAGUUCAGAAACUCAACAAGCUAGAACUUAAGGAAAACAAAUCUGAACAGUUUCAUGGCGGUCUCCCCAAGAGGGACAUCUCAAAGGGGCCAUCUCCAGAAAUAGGCACUGACGUCCAAGGUGGGACAUUGACCGUUCUGAGUACACUACCGAAGGAACUACCACUUGACUUUUUGAAGUCAAUUACAGAAAACUUCUCCAAUGAACGACUGAUUGGUCAAAGUGCAUUUGGAAAUCUUUAUAAGGGUAUUUGUCCAGAUGGUACAAUGAUUGUUGUGAAGAAACUUGUAGAAAAUCCUCCAGUGCCACGUGAUGAAGCAUUUUCUAAAGAAGUUCAAAAUAUCAUGGCUAUCCAACACAAAAAUAUUGUAAAGUUAAUCGGCUUUUAUCAUGAAGGUCAAAAGAAAAUAGUGGAGAAAGGCGGAAGGUAUAUUGUGGCAGAUGUUUUUGAAUCUUUACUCUGCUAUGAAUACUUACCUAUGGGAAGUCUUCACGAUAAUCUUUUUGAAUCCAACAGCAUGGACUGGAACACACGGUUCAAAAUAAUUAAGGGGAUCUGCCGAGGUUUACUUUUUCUACAUAAUAUCCAUAUUAUCCAUAUGGAUCUGAAGCCUGAAAACAUACUGUUGGGUGAUGAUAUGGAACCGAAAAUUGCGGAGUUUGGUAUCUCGAGAUUACUCGAUCAAGAACUAACACGGUUAAAUACCCAAGAUGUCGUGGGAACAUAUGGAUACAUGGCUCCAGAAUAUCUACACAAAGGAGAAUUCUCCGCCCAAUCAGACAUGUAUGCUUUAGGUGUACUAAUCUUGGAGACCACUACAGGAAAGAAGAAUGGCAGGAAAGACCCAUCUGGAAGAGAAUACAUAUAUGAAGUACAACUUAAUUGGACGAUUGAUUAUAUAGCGUCCAAGCACCGUACGCUCGAUGUAGAUUCCUUGUGGCAGAUAAGAGCAUGCAUUCUUAUUGGACUAAAAUGUGUGCAUGCUGAUAGGAAGAUGAGACCUUCCAUACAAGGCAUUGUUGACAUGCUCGAUGGACGGGCAUGCUCCAGCAAGCCUCUGAUCGUGCCAGAACUUUUGGCAUGGUCCAGUAGGCGUCUGAUCAUGCCAGAACCUUUGGCAUGGUCCAGUAGGCGUCUGAUCGUGCCAGAACCUUUGGCAUGGUCCAGUAGGCGUCUGAUCGUGCAACCUCCAGAGCUCCGCUUCUCUUUUGAGCCAAAAAGGUUGAUCUCCUGCUCGUUUUCUCUAACGAACACAACAGAUGGUCAUAUCGCCUUCAUGCUUGUAACGGAAAAUCCGAGGAUAUACCUUACAAAGCUACCACUUUGCGGUGUUGUGCCGCCAAAUCACAUCUACACCAUAAAUGUGACCAUGCGCGAGCAUAAGGAAUCAAGAAAUGGCGAGUUUCUGACCCUCCGGAGCAGUACGGCGCGUGAGGAGCAACUCACGAAUGCCCACCCAGAUUCCUUAGCCGGUGAUGAGGUGAAAGAGGUGAAGCUGUGUGUUGUUUGUGACCCACAAGAGGGUACAGCCUCAAAUCAGGCACGUCUCCUUUUGGUUUUGUGCUUUAGAUUGGGUGAAAAGACAUGUCAUAUAUGUUCACUGAUGAUGUGUAAAUUGUCAUUCUUAAAAUUCCUUAUCCAAUUUUCCUCUGUUUGUUUUGUGUGACAGUCGAUCCAAUCAGCAGCAGAGGUAUGUUUGUUGUUCUUCUUCGUUCUGUUUUGUGCUUUUGUGUGGGAGUUUCUAGUAGCUUAAUUAGCGUGUAGAGGUAUUUCUGUAACUUUGUUGUUUGGUACUCUCUUGGAUCAGGUCAUAGCCAGUCAGAACUAUCGGCUGGUGCUGUCCGUAGACGUGCACCCAAACAAACCAUGGAUCUUGACGAGCAAUCGGAGGGGUUGUGUUUGCAUUUGGAACUACCAGACCAAGACAGAGGAAAA